UUAGAGAUGUUUCCUUAUAUCCUCAGGAUUAUGUUGAAGAUAGUGACAACCUUGUUCUGUUGCAUGAUCAAAUUCAUGACUGUGACGUUAUUUGUCACACAUAGGAUCACUUCUCAGUGGGUUCCUGAUUGAUAUGAACUUGGAACGCUUGCGUUCAGUUGUUGAUGACCUACUUGUUAGGCUUGCCCAAAAUUUUGCCACUCCCAAGCUGCAGCACCUGUUUCUUUUGAAUAAUUAUGACAUGGCCAUUUCUGUCCUUAAGGAGGCUGGUGAUGAAGCCAGAAAACUGCAAAGAUAUUUUGAAGAGAAGCUAGAAAGUAACAUGAUGUCUUUUGUGGAUGAUUUGCUCAUGGAACAUUUCAGUGAUUUACUUCGAUUUGUGAGAAGCCGUGUUUCUGAAGACCUGAUAUUGUACACUGAGCGUCUAAGCAUUGCUGAUGUUGAGCCAGUUGUGAAGAACUUUGCCAUGACGUGGAGAAGUUCUGUAGAGCUCAUGCACAAUGAAAUUGUAACUUCUUUCAGUAACCUUUUGUCUGGGAUGGCGAUUCUAAAAGCAGCAAUGGCUCAGUUGCUUAAUGACUAUAACAGGCUCUCAGAAUGUGUGAAAAAAUCCCAGGGGGUUCAGCUUUGAGCAGAAA